UCUGAUAAUUUCUUUAUUGCCAUGACAUGCAGCUUAUGUAUGUGGAGAGAGAGGAGGAAUCAUACUAGAGGAUCCAUAUCACUAUGGUGUGUCACUGAAUGGAGUGCCAGGACUAGACAUUGAUAUGGAAAAGAAAAGGGUGGAUGAGAAAUUGAAUGAGCUUAGAAAAGAGGGAGCCACAGAACAUGCUAUUGGAUUGGCCAUGAAGGACUUGGGUAGUAAAAGAGCAAAGAUGUAUGGAUGGCCAAACACAUACGUUUUUACAAAGGCAAUGGGAGAAAUGGUUGUAGGAACCACAAAGGGAAACGUUAAUGUUGUAAUUGUACGUCCCACAAUCAUCACUAGCACUUACAAAGAACCUUUCCCUGGUUGGAUUGAAGGUUUAAGAACCAUAGACAGCAUAAUAGUUGCUUAUGGUAAAGGAAAAUUAACCUCUUUCCUUCUGGAUCUCAAGGCAAUUUUUGAUGUGAUACCAGCUGACAUGGUAGUGAAUGCAAUGAUAGUGGCAAUGGUAGCUCAUGCAAAAGAACCUAGUCUUGGUGAUAUCAUAUAUCAUGUGGGUUCCUCUGCUAUAAAUUCAGUUAGGUACCUUAAUCUUCGAGACUAUAGCUUAAAAUAUUUCACAGAAAAACCUUGGAUAAACAAGGAUGGAAAGCCCGUGAAGGUUGGCAAAGUUAACAUACUGAGCAACAUGGCUAGCUUCCGCAGAUAUAUGUACAUUCGUUACCUGCUUCCCUUAAAGGGACUAGAGGUGGUGAAUGCCGCUUCAUGCCAUUAUUUUGAGGAAAUGUGUGUUGACUUCAAUAGGAAGAUACGUACUGUGAUGCGAUUGGUUGAAAUUUACAAGCCUUACUUGUUCUUCAAUGGACUAUUUGAUAAUACGAAUUCAAAAAAGUUAUUAUCAAUGGCAAGACAAGGUGGGGCAGCAGAGACGGAAAUGUUUCAGUUUGACCCAAAAAUAAUUGAUUGGGAGGACUAUUUCAUGAAUGUCCAUUUUCCUGGUAUCCUCAACUAUGUCUUCAAGUGAUACGUAAUUACGUACUUUGUGGCCAUUUUAGCAUUCUCUCAUAUGAAGCUUGAAUUUGUUGCAUGUAACGUUUGGUUGAAUUUUACCUUAUAGCUGUAACGUUUGCUUUAUGGAGUAAAAUUAUUUUGCAUUUUGCAUUUUAUUUGUACUUUAGGUAAUUUAUUACGAAGAAAUAGUUAUUUGUGAAAUCAAAAUUCAAACUCGAACU